GGCCCCUUUGCGAUCUCUGCAUCUUCGGCUGGUCUCGUCCCUGUUGCAUGAGUGAGUGAUUCAUCCUCCUUUUUCCUCCCAGCGCCAAUGAGGAGACUCGGUCCAGCCGCCCAGCCCAGGCCAGUGGUGCAGGGAGAGGACGGUGCAGACGACCUCAUCCCUUUCGCUAAGUGCUCCAGGGUGGUCAGCCGACCUGCACCACCCCGCCUGCCUUCCCAGAGCCUCACGCUGAUGCCCCAGCGGUAUGGAGACCUCUUCUGGGAGAGCCUUAGCCAAAGGCCCAGCCCCACCUGGACGGAAGAAUGGCACAUCCCUCCCUCGCCGAGAGCCACUGGUUGCUCCCAGCCUGGCCUGUACCCCCUUGAGAGGCUCCCACCCCCUGAGGUGCUUUGCAGAAGAAAGAGAAGGAGGCCACAUUUGGCGGGAAUGCAGCAGGGACCUGGGGGCAUCCCAGCCCAGGUGAGGGCUGUCACUUAUCACCUGGAGGAUCUAAGGAGGCGACAGAGAAUCAUCAAUGAACUGAAGAAGGCUCAGUGGGACGUCUCGGGAGCCGCACCUGAGCCCCUGGCACCUGCCACUGCCGGCUACGGAGUCCCCAGCUCCACCGAGUACCCGGGUCUGGAAGAGGCGAGGGCUACCUAUCCACAGGAGGAGGGCCACCCUGUCACCACUGGCAGGACCCAGCUGCUCUGGUCCCCCUGGAGCCCCCUGGGCUGGGGGGGGUCUGGUGUCCCCAGACGACUGGGCUCUCUGGCUUCCUACAGCGCUGUCCCAGCGGGCAGGAACCGCCUCCGCUCCCCCUGGGACAUGGAGGUGCAGUCUGCGGAGUAAGGAGGAACCCCCAGGCCCUAGCCUCUCCCAGCGACCUCCCCGCGCUCGGCACUGGGCGCUAACAGCCCCCUUGGCCGCUAACAGCCCCCUUGGCCGCCCGUGUCAAGCCACCCCGCAGGGCUCCGCACGGCCUAUCGCCCCCCCCCUCCAACCGCCCGCCCUCGCUGGCUGGCACUGUGUUCUUCGCUCUGCUCGAGUAUUAAAAAGCAAGCGCGUUGA